AUGACAACUUCAAACAACCAAGUAGAGUGCUUAGUAGAACAAUCAGCUAAUUUAUCUAUCUCUGAUAACAACAACGAAACAUCAAACAACACAAUUAAUAACAACGAUAACAACAAUAAAAUGUCCGAAAACCAACAACAACAAGAAGAAACAACCACCACAACAACAGCCACCACCGAACAACAACAAGAAAACGAAGUAACAGAAGACCAACAACAUUCAAAUAUAAAGCAUCCACUACAAAACAAGUGGUCAUUAUGGUUCGAUUAUCGUAACCAAAAGAUUUCCCAAGACAGUUGGGCCGAAGGUCUGAAGAAGAUUAUUAGUUUCGAUACAGUUGAAGAUUUUUGGUGCGUAUUUAACAACCUACCACUCGUCAGUACAGUUAGACCAGGUAGCAGUUUCCAUCUUUUCAAGGAUGAUAUUGAACCUACUUGGGAGCACGAAGCUAACAAGCGUGGCGGUAAAUGGUCUGUCCCCGUAGUAAAGGCAACCGUCGACAACCAAUGGUUACAAGCUGUCAUGGCAUGCGUAGGUGAAACUUUUGAUUCGAGUGAAGAUAUUUGUGGUUUAGUUUAUAACGCAAGAAAGCAAGGUGAUAAGAUCACUGUUUGGACAAGGAACGGUCAUGAUGAAAGAGCUUCAAAAGAAAUUGGUCGUUCAUUGAAAUCUGCUUUAGAACUUCUUCCCACUCAAACUAUUGGCUAUACUCUUCACUCUGAUUCACUGAAGACCAAUAGAAGUCACGGAAACAGAAAUCUUUACGAAAUUAUUUUUUAUAUUAAAAUGAUGUAUCAUAAUUCUAUAAGAUAUAUAUUAUUAACAUUAUUAUUUAUAAAUGUUAUAUCAUCAAAAAGUAAUUAUGGUACAAUGAUGGUUAUGAGAUCAAAUAUAUUAAAAAACACUAGAAGUAAUUUGAUGGUAAAUUUAGAAUCAGGUUCAUUAAUUAAUACAAGAUCAAAGUUGUUUCAUUUGACCGAUGAGGAAUUAAAUGAAUUGGGUAAUAUAGCAGAUCAAAUCAAUGGUCUUGCACAACCAGAAUCACUCAGUAAAGAAAUAACUUAUCAUUAUCUUGUAUUCAAUACGGGAAGUGGAAAGAAGAUCACAUGGAAUGACGGUGACGAAGAAAAUCAUUAUGUAUUGACAUUAUUAGAAAAGUUUUUUGAAUCAUACAAUGACCGUUAA